AUGAGCAAGAAGGACCCAACGACCGACGCAGAGAAGAAGACCCGAGCAUCCAAGCGCCUCGCCGACGCCCUCAAGCGCCAAAUUUCGACCAAGAAAAAGGCGCGAACCACGACGCCGCGCGUGGGGAAACCACGGGAUGCACCAAAGAUGGUACUCGCCGCCCCCGAGCGGCGCCAGCUCAUUGCGUUCUACUACAUCCACGUGCUCGCGGCGCCCGACGAGACCAAGUGGGACGGUGUCAACGGCACGGUUUCGACGCUGGUCAAGGCACUCAAGCUCCCUAUUGGCUCUCGCGCGGCCGUCCGCCAUGUCCUCGAGGUCGUCCAGCACAAGUUUGCCACCGGCGAAGCCUACACGGACGUGACGCCUAGUUGA